AUGUCAUUGGACUGCUGUCUCAGACCAAACGACGACCCCAACGGAUUAUCAAUCGACGGAACUGGCAACCCAUACCCCUGCCUUGUUAUCUUGACUGGUAAAUCGCAAUCCCUUCAACAGUUGCAUGAGAACUGUCAAACGUUCUUUGGUCGAACAACAACCAUCAGAAUGGUCAUUGGCAUCAAGAUCUACAAAAAGACGACUGAACAACCACAUCCAUUUACCCUUCUUGUGCUUCUCUACCUGCGAGGUGCCAAUCGCCAAGUUGUCCAACUUGCACCACUCAAUCAAGGGGAGGUAGGUCUUCUGCCACUGAUGGAGGUUCACGGAUCAGAAAGACCAACUGCGAUCGUCUCAUGUGGAACAGCACCACCUGAUCCCCAAACAGUUACAACGAUUACCAAUGUGCUCCAAACACCGGAUAUUGAAUGGAGAGGACUCGGUCAUGGAGCCGAUCCAGAGUGCAACGGUCCAGGCCUCCCCUUAUACCAACUCUACAUCCCAGUGGCUGAACUCUACGAAGGUGCGACCAUAGGUGCUGUUGUAAAUGGGCCGCCAUUCAUGCCACCAGCCAACCUGAUGGGUGUCAACCCCGGUACGGUUGUCAACAACGGGUUCAUUAGCGUUGAUCUCCACUCUGUUCAACAAGCAGUACAUAGUAAACUCCAUUAA